AUGGCGGCGCGUUCUUCACAUCCCGCGCGGCUCGCUCUGGUGCUCGUCCUGGCGUCGCUCGCAGCGGUUUUAGUCGCCGGGCAGAGCUCCUACAGCGUUGCUGACUCGCCUCCUCGCUCUGACCCCGCCUCUCCGCCGCCCUCCGCCACUUCCCCGCCCUCCGCCUCUCUUCCAGCUUCCGUCUCUGCGUCUGCGAAUACGUCUGCCUCAGCGCCGCUGCUUCUUCCAUCCGCCGCUGGCGGAGACGGGCUGGGCGCCGCAGCGGGUGGGAAUGGAUCAGACAGUCGCAAUAACGCGUCGCUCAUUAGCGGAGUACUGGAUGGCGAGUAUGGCAGGUACCUGCAGGGGGGGCUGACGGCGCACGUGUGGGGGCAGCCAUUGGUGACGUCGCAGCGCAAUGCCGCCACCUUCCCCGCAAUCAACGCUCUGCUGCGCCAAACCAACAUCACCACCGCUGAAGACCAGUCCACCAUCCCGCUGUCCAACACGGACACGCUCUACGCAGCGGCAUGGCUGGACCUCGCCUCGGGCCCUUUGCUGCUCUCCCUGCCGCUCGUCCCCCAGCCGCGCUACUACAGCGCCCUGCUGCUCGACCCCUACAGCGACGUGCUCGCCGUGUUCGGUGCCCGCACCCAUGGGGCGGGGCCAAUCUCUGUCAUGGUGCAGUGGGACAGGCAGGGGCAGGGGGGAGAGGGGACUAACUCCAGUCUGGCUGGUGCAGCUGGGGGAGGAGGAGGGGGUGGGGGAGGGGAAGGGGGAGAAAAUAAUGCGUCAAGCAGCAACGACAUGGGGCGUACAGUGCUGGGCGUGAGCAGCAGGACUCGCAAUGUGUUUGUGAUCGUGCGCAUGCUGGUGGCGGGGCCUGAUGACGUGGCAGCUGCCAGCAGCCUGCUGAGCAAUGUCACCCUCACACGUCCCGCCACCAACGCCCCCCCCAACCCCCUGCCGCCGCCCGACCUCUCUGAGCUGGCGGGGCUGCCAGAUGGCAUGCAGCGAUUGGUGCUAAUCGACCGUGCACUACAGGACAACCCGCCCGCCCAGGACCAGGCUAACCUCGAUGCACUCAGCCAGCUGGCAGCCAUCGGAAUCUCCCCCUCCGCAUCGCCCUUCUCCCCCGCGGCCCUCUCACCGCUGCAGCGCACAGCGCUCUCACAGGCGUACGCAGUGGCGAACGUGACAAUAAGGGGCGCGUACACGCUGAUGCUGCUGGGCGUGAACCGCUCCAUGGUGGUCAACCGCUGGCUUGCUGACACGUCGCUGGGCUACUACGGCGAUCGCUUUCUGUUCCGAGCAGCCUUCUCAUCCACAGGGGGCCUGGGAGCACUGCCUGCCUCCGAGUCGCUCUACUUCUUCACCUGGCAGGGGCCCUUGGGCCUGCGCUACAAUGGUGCCAACGCCAACUACUCCCUGCACCUCUCUCCACCGCCCGUCACCGCUUGCGGCUUCUGGUCACUCACAGUGUACAACGGGGACGGGUUCCUCCCCCCAGGCAUGUGGCGCAACAGCAUCGGGGACCGCACCAAGGGACUGGCGUACAACCCGGACGGCACACUCACUGUUCCCAUCCAGCUGGCGGCGCCGGCCAAUGCGAGCGUUCAGGCCAACUGGCUGCCGACACCGAACUCGACGUUUUCCGUGGUGCUGAGGGUGUAUUGUCCCUCGGAGAGCGUGCUGAAUGGGGAGUGGCGGCCUGAGACCGUGCAGUUAGUGUGA